AUGUUAAGAAUUUUGGUUCUUGGAUUAAUAUAAGAUAUAAUACUAGGCUCAAAGAUAUUUUAUUAUCAUGAUCCUGGCAAUGAUAUUAGCAAACCACGAACUCAUGCGAAGAUCUCAAAAUCUAACACAAUAAUUGACUUCUACUUUGAAUUUAGUGAAGACUAGAAAGAAGUUACAAUGAUGAUUGAGAUUGAUAAGAUUAGUUACUUUUCGUUAGGUCUAGGAAAAUCGAUGGGCGAUGCAGAUCUUUGGGUAUUCGAGAUUAGUAACAAUGUGAUUAUUGGAUCAGAUUCACAUUGUUCUAAGCAUUAAAGGCCACCAACUGAUGUUUCUACAGGUGGAACAGAUGAUAUAGAAAUUUUGGGUUAUUAUUAUAAUCAAAAUGGGAAGAGUGGAGUGAAAUUUAAAAGAAAAUCAAUCACAGGGGACAAAUACGACAAGGAAUUGGCAUAAAAGAAGGGUGUUGAUUUUAUUUGGGCACAUGGCAAAAAUGAUUAAAGUUUGGAAGUAUCAAAUCAUGGUAAAACUAAUUAUGGCUAUGUAAAAAUCGAUCUCAUUGAUAAAGGAGGGGACAUUGAUGUGAUUAUAGAAAACGAUAGCAAAUAUUAUCAAUUACACAAAUGGACUAACUUUAGUUGUUGGGGUGUGGCUAGUGAUUUGGCCAUAAUCGUGGGAAGAUAUUUUAAGACUUGGGGAUAUAGAACAUAUUUGCAUGGAUUUCUGUUCAUUUUGAUAAUUAGUAGUUCCUUAACAACAGCUAUAUUCAUGUUGAGCAAUGAUUGGGAGAUAUUGGAAUGGAAACAUUUCAAAGAGGAGCCAGCCAAAAAUAAAUUCCAUAUAGUAUUUUUUAUUACAUUGUCUGUCCUCAUGAUCGUUCAAUGUAUAGGUGGUAUCAUGUAUAAUAUGAUGCUAAUAUCUCAUAAGAUAAAUAAAUAAGUAUCAAUUAAACCCUCAAUUCAUGCUAUUGCUGGAAGCAUUGUAUAUGCAAUAGGCAAGUUAUAAAUAAUCGCUGGGUUAUUCAUGGAUAACGACAUUAGGCUUAUGCUUAUUCUUGGAGCAGUCUUAACUAUUCGUUUCAUCCUCGAAGUGAUAUAUCAGAGAGGAACUCUGAUGGUAAUGACCAAUGGCAAUUCCAGUAGUUCUUACUUCAAAAAACACAAAGUUCUUCCUGAUAAAGAACCUUUGCUACUCAAUAUAAAUCAAAGUAAUUUCGAAGAAAUGGAAGUGUAAUCAGAUAAAUUGUGGUGCAUAUUUCAUAAUCAAAUUAUUGACUUAUCAUAGAUGAUUCAUCCUGGUGGCAAUUACAUCUGGAAAUUAAUUUAAGGCUAAGAUAUUACCAAGUAUGUUCUCGGAGCAUAUCCUUUGCCUCAACUGAAACUUAAACCUUACGCUCAUACUGUAUAUGCAUUCAAGGCUUUAUCAAAAUAUAAGACUGGUGUUUAGGUCAAUCAAGACCUAGAACUAUUCUAUGAUAAAACCACUCAAAGACCAAUCAAGAAAUUAAAAGCCAUAUGGACUUUAACUUCAGUCAAUCCCUUCACAGAAUUGAUUGCUAAAUUCGAAUUCACCAAUCCACAAUUUCAAGUUAAAACUGUCUUCAAUGGAUUAGACACGUUUGGAGCAUACUUCAUUAUCAAAUCAGAUGAUAAUAACGAAAUUCAUUAAAGACAAUACACUAUGGUACUAAGCAUGACUAAUCAAAGAGUAAAAUACAGAAAAGAUAUUCUUGAGUUAUACAAAAGGAUUCUCAAUUUACAACCUAUCCAAAAAGAAAUACCAAAGUUGGAAGAAAUUGAAGAUUAACUUCCCUUAAUUAUUAAGAAAUAUGAAGCUAAAAAUGGGUUUUCUAAUUUUUUACAUGAGGACAAUAGAUAAGGUUAAUAUAUUAUUGAGGGUCCUUUUGGAAAUUCUAUUCAACUUGAAAACAAUACCAAUCUGAUCUUCAUCGCUGGAGGAACUGGAUUGUUUCCAUUCUUAGACAUACUUGACUAUUAAUUGAGAGUUUCAUACAUUCACAUUCUUAAAAUGAAGCUUGGCCAAGAGGCAGCUAAUUUAAUAGAUUUAGGGAUCAAAGAGAUAAAAAAUUUUACAAUCACAAUGUUUCUAGCAGUCAAUUCUAUUGAUGAUUUGAUUGGAAGAGACAUCUAUUUUGCUUUGCUUUCACUGCAGUAAUAUUUGGAUUCUCCUAAUUUUAAAUUAAUUGUGAAAGGCAACUUUAAAUUAAAAGAAUGUCCAGUCGUUGAAACUCGAUUUACACAAUAGACAUUUAUGAAUCAUAUAACUGAUAUGCAAGGCUAAUCAACAUAUUUCAUUUGUGGUCCACCAAAGAUGAAUGUAGAAGUUGAAUAGAUCUUAAGAGAAAUGGGAAUUAUGAAAAUAAUAGUAUUGUGA